UUGCACGCUCCUUCGGGAACAGCGCGGCAGACAUUAGCAGAGAGCGGGCGUGAGUGACAGGCUGCGGGAGAUCGCCCAGACACCCCUAUAUGGCCGUGGAUUAGCUAUAUGCUAAUAUCGAUAAUAGAGAGGAGAGGCAGCGAGGUGCUGCGAGCCGACAGUGGAGGCUUCCAGAGUCUGAACAGUCUCCUCAACAGCCAUGGCUGAAGGCGGAGAAGGGGAAGAUGAAAUUCAGUUUCUCAGAACUGAUGAUGAAGUGGUUCUCCAGUGUGUUGCCUGCAUCCAGAAAGAGAAUCGCAAGUUCUGCCUGACCGCCGAGGGGCUCGGCAAUCGCCUAUGCUACCUGGAACCCACGUCAGAGGCGAAGUAUGUUCCUCCUGAUCUGUGCAUCUGUAACUUCGUGCUGGAGCAGUCUCUGUCUGUGCGUGCACUGCAGGAGAUGCUGGCCAAGACUGGGCCUAACAGUGAGGGGCGCCGUGGACAGGACCGAUGGAGGCUCGUACGGAAGGCGGCUCAGGGAGGAGGACACAGGACUCUUCUCUACGGACAUGCCAUCCUCCUCAGACACUCUUUCAGUUCCAUGUACUUGACCUGUCUGAAGACAUCCAGGUCACAGACAGAUAAGCUGUCCUUUGAUGUGGGGCUGCAAGAGGACUCCACAGGUGAAGCCUGUUGGUGGACCAUUCACCCUGCGUCCAAACAGAGGUCAGAGGGCGAGAAAGUUCGCAUCGGGGAUGACCUCAUCCUGGUCAGCGUGUCAUCAGAGCGCUACCUGCACCUGUCUAUCUCCAACGGCAACAUCCAGGUGGACGCGUCCUUCAUGCAGACCCUCUGGAACGUUCAUCCAACCUGCUCCGGCAGCAACGUGGAGGAGGGUUACCUGCUGGGAGGUCAUGUGAUGCGUCUGUUCCAUGGCCACGACGAGGUGCUGACCAUCCCCGGUUCAGAGCACAGCGACGAACAGCAGAGGAUCGUGAACUAUGAGACGGGGAAAGCUGGUGCCAAGGCCCGGUCCCUGUGGAGGCUGGAACCACUACGCAUCAGCUGGAGUGGAAGCUACAUCCGCUGGGGUCAGCCCUUCCGCCUGCGUCACCUGACCAGCGGUCACUACCUGGCGCUGGCGGAGGAGCGGGGGCUGGUGCUGCUGGAGAGGGAGAGAGCCGACACCAACUCCACUGCGUUCUGCUUCAGAGCCUCCAAGGACAAGCUGGAGAGCAGUCCCAAGAGAGACGUGGAGGGCAUGGGCGUGGCUGAGAUCAAGUAUGGAGACUCUCUCUGCUUCGUCAUGCACGUGGCCACGGGGCUCUGGCUGUCCUACCAGGCGCCCGACGUCAAGUCUGCCCGCCUCGGCCCUCUCAAGAGACGGGCCUGUCUUCACUCUGAAGGUCACAUGGACGACAGUCUGACCCUGCAGCGCUGUCAGCAUGAGGAGUCCUGCGCCGCACGCAUCAUCCGCAACACCACCCGUCUGUUCAGCCGCUUCAUCAGGGACCUGGACUGUCUGGGAGGGAAGACCUGUGCGUCCGUGGCCCCGCCCAUCCAGGAAGUCCUCCAGACCCUCAACGAUCUCAUCUCCUACUUCCUGCUUCCUGCUGCCGACCUGGAGCACGAACAGAAGCAGAUCAAGCUGCGCUCCCUCAAGAACCGCCAGAACCUCUUCAAACAGGAAGGCAUGCUGACGCUGGUGUCCAGCUGCAUCGACCGUCUGAACAUGUACAACAGCGCCGCUCACUUCGGCGAGUGUGCCGGGGCCGAGGCUGGUGCUGCCUGGAAGGACAUCCUCAACCUGCUGUAUGAGCUGCUGGCUGCGCUGAUCCGAGGGAAUAGGAACAGCUGUACCCAGUUCUCCAACAACCUGGACUGGCUGAUCAGCAAGCUGGAGAGACUGGAGUCCUCCUCAGGCAUCCUGGAGGUUCUUCACUGCAUCCUGAUCGAGAGCCCCGAGGCCCUGAACAUCAUCCAGCGAGGACACAUCCAGUCCAUCAUCUCCCUGCUCUACAAGCACGGACGUAACCACAAGAUCCUGGACGUGCUCUGCUCUCUCUGUGUGUGUAACGGUGUAGCUGUGAGAGCCAAUCAGAACCUGAUCUGUGACCACCUGCUGCCGAGGAGAGAUCUUCUCCUCCAGACCCGCCUGGUUAAUGACGUCCAGAGCAUGAGGCCCAACAUCUUCCUAGGGGUGAGCGAGGGCUCUGCCCAGUACAGGAAGUGGUACUACGAGCUGAUGAUCGACCAGGUGGAGCCCUUUCUGACCAGCGAGCCGUCACACCUGCGCGUGGGCUGGGCCAGCACCAAGGGAUACGCCCCCUACCCAGGGGGGGGCGAGGGCUGGGGGGGCAACGGGGUGGGGGACGAUCUCUACUCCUAUGGCUUCGAUGGACUUCACCUCUGGUCAGGUCGUAUCCCGAGGGCGGUAGCCUCUGUGAACCACCACCUCCUGACGGGUGAUGACGUGGUGAGCUGCUGUCUGGACCUGGGCGCUCCCAGCGUCUCCUUCAGGAUCAACGGCCAGCCCGUCCAGGGCAUGUUCGAGAACUUCAACACCGACGGGCUGUUCUUCCCUGUGGUCAGCUUCUCUGCUGGGGUCAAGGUGCGUUUCCUGUUGGGGGGUCGCCACGGCGACUUCAAGUUCCUGCCGCCGUCGAGCUACGCUCCGUGCUGCGAGGCUCUGCUGCCCAGGGAGAAGAUGCGUGUGGAGCCAGUGAAGGAGUACAAGAGGGACCAGGAGGGAGUGAGGGACCUGCUGGGCACCACCCAGCUGCUCUCACAGGCCUCCUACAUCCCCACACCUGUGGAGACCAGCCAGGUCGUCAUGCCCUCCCACUUGGAGAAGGUCCGAGACAAGCUGGCUGAGAACAUCCACGAGCUGUGGGGCAUGAACAAGAUCGAGCUGGGCUGGUCCUACGGCAAGAUAAGAGAUGACAACAAGCGCCAGCACCCCUGUCUGGUGGAUUUCUCCAAAUUACCUGAAACUGAGAAGAAUUACAACCUGCAGAUGUCAACAGAAACCUUGAAGACCCUGUUGGCUCUGGGCUGCCAUGUGGUCCAGGUCAACCCCAAUGCUGAAGAUGAUCUGAAGAGGAUUAAACUCCCAAAGAACUACAUGAUGUCUAACGGCUACAAGCCCAGCCCUCUGGGGCUGGCGGAGGUGAGGCUGAGCUCGGCUCAGGAGCUGCUGGUGGACCGGCUGGCUGAGAACGCUCACAACGUCUGGGCCAAGGACCGCAUCAAGCAGGGCUGGACCUACGGCAUACAGCAGGAUGUGAAGAGCAAGCGUAACCCUCGCCUGGUGCCCUAUGACCUGCUGGACGAGCGCACCAAGAAGUCCAACAGGGACAGCCUCCGGGAGGCCAUCCGCACUCUGAUUGGCUAUGGGUAUAACAUCGACCCACCUGACCAGGAAGGCGGUCACGUUGUGGAGAGGCUGAGCAUUGAUAAGGUCCGCUUCUUCCGGGUGGAGCGCACUUACGCUGUGCGGACGGGGAAGUGGUACUUUGAGUUUGAGGCGGUGACGGGCGGGGACAUGCGUGUGGGCUGGGCACGGCCGGGCUGCAGGCCUGACGUGGAGCUGGGCUUGGACCACCUGGCCUUCGUGUUCGACGGGUUCAGGGGCCAGCGUCUGAACCAGGGUGGUCGUUUCUUCGGGCGCUGCUGGCGUGCAGGAGACGUGGUGGGCUGCAUGAUCAACAUGGAGGACAAGUCCAUGAUCUUCACCCUCAACGGAGAGAUCCUCAUCACCAGCAGCGGCUCCGAACUCUGCUUCGCUGACUUUGAGACCGAAGACGGGUUCAUCCCAGUGUGCACUGGUCUGUCUCAGGUGGGCCGCAUGAACCUGGGCAAGGAUGCCAGCACCUUCAGCUACUACACCAUGUGUGGUCUGCAGGAGGGAUUUGAACCGUUUGCCGUCAACAUGAACCGAGAUGUCACCAUGUGGUUCAGCAAGCGUCUGCCCACCUUCGUGAACGUGCCAAAAGACCACAACUCCAUAGUGGUCAGCCGUAUUGACGGGACGGUGGAGUCCCCCCCCUGUCUGAAGGUGUCUCUGCGGACAUGUGUUCAGAGCGGCCAGGCUGACAUGCUGUUCUGCAGACUCAGCAUGCCCGUCGAGUUCCACCCUGUGUUCAAGACCAGCCCCGCCCUCGACAUGAACGGCCUGCAUGACGAAGACACCCUCAAGCUCAAACACAGGUAUCCUCUGAGGGCUGUGAAGCAAAGUGAUGAGGCCAGACGGGUGGACUACAGCAGCAUCACCACGUACUACCACUCUCUCAGGGUGUUCGCUGGACAGGACCCUUCCUGUGUGUGGGUGGGCUGGGUCACCCCAGACUACCAUUACUAUAGCAACAACUUCCACCUCAGCAAGAACCGGACAGUCACGGUUACCCUGGGAGACGAGCGUGGGCGUGUCCACGAGAGUGUUAGGAGGAGUAACUGCUACAUGGUGUGGGGGGGUGACGUGUGCAGCAGUGGUCAGUCUUCUCGGCGCAGUAGCGUGGACGUGGAGAUAGGCUGUCUGAUCGACCUGGCCACCGGCCUGGUCACCUUCACCGUCAACGGCAAGGACAUCUCCACCUCCUACCAGGUGGAACCCAACACCAAACUCUUCCCUGCUGUGUUUGUGCGACCGACAAGCCCCAAUCUGUUCCAGUUUGAGCUGGCUAAAAUCAAGAACGCCAUGCCCCUGUCGUCGGCCAUCUUUAAGAGUGAGCUGAGAAACCCGGUGCCCCAGUGUCCCCCUCGUCUAGACGUCCAGACCAUCCAGGCAGUCCUGUGGAGCCGCAUGCCCAACACCUUCCUCAGGGUGGACACGGGCCGGGUCAGCGAGAGGCACGGCUGGGGGCUGCAGUGUCUGGAGCCGCUGCAGAUGAUGGCUGUCCACAUCCCCGAGGAGAACAGGUGUGUGGACAUCAUGGAGCUGUCGGAGCUGGAGGAGAUGAGGACGUUCCACCAGCACACCCUGAAGCUGUACGGGGCCCUCUGCGCCCUGGGCAACACCCGCGUGGCUCACGCCCUCUGCAGCCACCUCGACCAAUCACAGCUCCUCUACACCAUCGACAACCAGUACCUGUCGGGCGUGCUGCGUGAGGGCUUCUACAACGUCCUCAUCAGCAUCCACCUGGAGACGGCCAAGGAGGCGCGCCUCAUGAUGAACAACGAGUUCAUCAUCCCCGUCACCGCCGAGACGCGCUCUAUAUGCCUGUUCUCCAGCUCCUCCCACAAGCACCUCCCAACGUUCUCCAGCUCCUCCCACAAGCACCUCCCACCGUUCUCCAGCUCCUCCCACAAGCACCUCCCACCAGGGGUGGGGCUAAGCACCUCGCUCAAGCCCCGCCUCAACUUCGUCCCGCCCUGCUUCGUGAGCGGCCAACGGGACCCCCCGAGCUUCAGCCCUCAGAUCCCGCUGGACGCGCUGAAGGAGAAGGCCAUCUGCAUGCUGACGGAGGCCGUGCAGGGCGGAGGGCACCACAUCAGGGACCCUGUAGGGGGCAGCGUGGAGUACGAGUUUGUGCCCAUCCUCAAGCUGAUAGGCACGCUGCUCACCAUGGGCGUGCUGGGCAGCGAGGACGUGCAGAAGAUCCUGCUCCUCAUCCACCCCAGCGUGUUCGAAGACACGAGCGAGGAGGCGGUUGCCGCGGUAGCGGAGGCGACGGAGAAGGAGGGGCUGAAGGGGGCGGAGGAGAAGGAGGUUGAGGCGGGGGAGGAGGAGGAGGCGAGAGAGGCCAAGCAGCCAAUGAAAGGGCUUCUGGAGAAGAGACUGCCUGAGCCGGUGAAACGACAGAUGUGUGAGCUGCUGCACUACUUCUGUGACUGUGAGCUGAAGCAUCGCGUGGAGGCCAUUGUGGCCUUCUCAGACCGCUUCGUCUCCAAGCUGCAGUACAACCAGAAGUUCCGCUACAACGAGCUGAUGCUGGCCCUCAACAUGUCCGCUGCCGUCACCGCCAGGAAGACCAAGGAGUUCCGCUCUCCUCCCCAGGAGCAGAUCAACAUGCUGCUGAGCUUCAGUUCUGGGGAGGACUGCCCCUGUCCAGAGGACAUCCAGGAGGAGCUGUACAACUUCCACAAGGAGCUGCGUCUGCACUGCGGCAUCCCGAUGGAGGAGGAGGAGCAGGAGCAGGACACGUCCAUCACAGGCCGUCUCCUCGCUCUGGUCUACAGGGUCAAAGGUCACCAGCAGAGAACUGAGGAGACACCCACCAGACAGGAACAGACCACCCCCUCCAACCUGAAGGAGCUGAUCUCCCAGACCAUGGUGAGCUGGUCCCAGGAGAGCCACAUCCAGGACCCCCAGCUGGUCCGCAAGAUGUUCAGCCUGCUGCGGCGGCAGUACGACGGCAUCGGGGAGCUGCUGAGGGCCAUGAGGAAGACCUACUCCAUCUCCUCUGCCUCUGUCCCCGACACCAUCUCCCUGCUGGCCUCGCUGGGCCAGAUACGCUCGCUGCUCUCUGUGCGCAUGGGCAAGGAGGAGGAGAAGCUGAUGAUUGACGGGCUGGGGGACAUCAUGAACAACAAGGUGUUCUACCAGCACCCUAACCUGAUGCGCGUGCUGGGCAUGCACGAGACCGUCAUGGAGGUGAUGGUCAACGUGCUGGGAGGAGGCAAAUCCCAGGAAAUCGCCUUCCCCAAGAUGGUGGCGAGCUGCUGUCGCUUUUUGUGCUACUUCUGCCGGAUCAGCCGUCAGAACCAGAAGGCCAUGUUCGACCACCUGAGCUACCUGCUGGAGAACAGCAGCGUGGGACUGGCCUCCCCAGCCAUGAGAGGCUCCACCCCGCUGGACGUGGCGGCUUCUUCAGUGAUGGACAACAACGGGCUGGCCCUGGCCCUGGAGGAGCCCGACCUGGACAAGGUGGUGACGUACCUGGCUGGCUGUGGUCUCCAGAGCUGCCCCAUCUUGCUGGAUAAGGGCUACCCAGACAUUGGCUGGAACCCCAUCGAGGGCGAGCGCUACCUCUCCUUCCUGCGCUUUGCUGUCUUUGUCAACGGUGAGAGUGUGGAGGAGAACUCCAGUGUUGUGGUGAAGCUGCUGAUCAGACGUCCAGAGUGUUUCGGUCCGGCCCUGAGGGGGGAGGGUGGGAACGGCCUGCUGGCUGCCAUGAAGGAAGCCAUCAAGAUCUCAGAGAACCCCGCCCUCGACCUGCCCAGCGCCGCCCAGGGAGUCAGCUCAGACAUCUCUGGUGAGGAUGAGGAGGAGGAAGAGGUGGUGCACAUGGGCAACGCCAUCAUGUCCUUUUACUCUGCUCUCAUCGACCUGCUGGGGCGGUGCGCCCCUGAGAUGCACCUGAUAAACAAGGGUAAGGGGGAGGCUCUGAGGGUGCGAGCCAUCCUGCGCUCCUUGGUGCCCACCCAGGACCUCGUGGGAAUCAUCAGUCUACCCUUCAAGAUGCCCACCGUCAACAAAGACGGGGAGGUGACCGAGCCAGACAUGGCGGCCAGCUUCUGCCCGGACCACAAGGCCCCCAUGGUGCUGUUUCUGGACCGUGUGUACGGCAUCGAGGACCAGGGCUUCCUGCUGCACCUGCUGGAGGUGGGCUUCCUGCCCGACCUCAGGGCCUCCGCCUCCCUGGACACGGAGGCACUGAGCACCACAGAGAUGGCCCUGGCCAUGAACCGUUACAUCGGCUCAGCCAUGCUGCCCCUGCUGACUCGCUGCGCCCCGCACUUCUCUGGCUCAGAGCACUACGCCUCGCUGGUGGACUCCACCCUGCACACCGUCUACCGGCUGUCCAAAGGCCGCUCGCUCACCAAGGCCCAGCGCGACGCCAUCGAGGACUGUCUGCUGGCCGUGUGCAGGUACCUGAGGCCCUCCUUGCUUCAGCAGCUGCUGCGGAGGCUGGUGUUUGAUGUUCCUCUGCUGACCGAGUACUGCAAGAUGCCUCUCAGGCUUCUGACCAACCACUACGAGCAGAGCUGGAAGUACUACUGCCUGCCGGUGGGCGGGGCCAGCUGUGGCUCCGCCUCCGACGCUGAGCUGCUCCUCACCAAGAAGAUCUUCUGGGGCGUCUUCGACUCGCUGGCGCAGAGGAAGUAUGACCCAGACCUCUUCAAGAUGGCCAUGCCCUGCCUCAGUGCGAUCUCCGGGGCCCUGCCCCCCGACUACAUGGACCCCUCGGUCUGCGCCGGCCUGGAGAAGCCUGUGUCUGUGGACGCCCAUGGCAGCUUCGACCCCAGGCCCAUAAACACCUGCAGCAUAUCUCUCCCGGAGAAGCUGGAGCACGUUGCCAACAAGUAUGCGGAGCACUGUCAUGACAGAUGGGCAGCAGAGAAGGUUCUGCUGGGAUGGAAGUAUGGAGACUGUGUGGAUGAGAAGGCCAAGACCCACCCUCAACUCAGGACCUACAAAGGACUCACAGAGAAGGAGAAGGAGGUCUACAGGUGGCCGGUGAGAGAGUCUCUGAAGAGCAUGCUGGCUGUAGGCUGGAGCAUCGACAGGACCAGGGAUGGAGAGACCACGUGUCUGCAGAGGGAGAGUGAGAAGAUGAGGAAGAUCUCCCAGACUUCCUCCCAGGCGAAUGGAUUCUACCCAAGCCCUCUAGACACCAGCAACGUGGUUCUGUCGAAAGAACAGCAGGGCAUGGUGGAGGUAGUGGCAGAGAAUCAUCACAACAUCUGGGCCAAGAAGAAGAAGACUGAGCUUGGAAGCAGAGGUGGAAGCAGCCACCCCCUGCUGGUGCCCUACGACACCCUAACCACCAAGGAGAAGGCUCGGGACCGCGACAAGGCCCAGGACCUCCUCCGCUUCCUGCUGCUCAACGGAUACACUCUCACACGAGGACUGAAGGACCAGGACCACGACUCGUCCUCCCUGGAGAAGAGGUUCGCUUACAAGUUCCUCAAGAAGCUCCUGAAGUAUGUGGACUCGGCCCAGGAGUUCAUCGCCCACCUGGAGGCCAUGGCGUCCAGUGGGAAAACUGACAGAUCACCUCACGAGCAGGAAAUCAAGUUCUUUGCCAAAGUCCUGCUACCUCUCAUCGACCAGUACUUCAAGAAUCACUCUCUCCACUUCCUGUCGUCUCCCAGCCUGGCGCUGAGCAGCAGCGGUUACGCCUCCAACAAGGAGAAGGAGCUGGUGACCAGCCUGUUCUGUAAACUGGCAGCUCUUGUCAGACAUAGGAUUUCCCUCUUUGGUAGCGACUCAACCUCCAUGGUCAACUGUCUUCAUAUCCUGGCACACACCCUGGACACCAGGACGGUGAUGAAGUCAGGCACAGAGCUGGUGAAGGCGGGCCUCAGGACGUUCUUCGAGAACGCGGCGGAGGAUCUGGAGAAGACCCUGGGGAACCUGGAGCUGGGCAAGUUCACGCACUCCCGCUCCCAGAUGAAGGGCGUGUCUCAGAACAUCAACUACACCACCGUGGCCCUGCUGCCCAUCCUCACCGCCCUGUUCCAGCACAUCUCCCAGCACCACCUCCAGCUGGAUCUCAUCUUGGAUGAUGUGCAGCUGUCCUGCUAUCGUAUCCUGACCAGUCUCUAUGCUCUCGGGACUGGAAAGAACAUCUAUGUUGAGAGACAGCUGCCCGCCCUGGGGGAGUGUCUGGCCACCCUGGCCGGGGCCAUGCCUGUAGCCUUCCUGGAGCCCCUGCUCAACACACACAACCCCUGCUCCGUGUUCAGCACCAAGACGCCACGCGAACGAGCCAUGCUAGGCAUGCCUGAGUCUGUGGAGGAGAUGUGUCCGGACAUGCCCCGCCUGGAGGUGCUGAUGAAGGACAUCAACGACAUGGCCGAGUCCGGGGCUCGCUACACGGAGAUGCCCCAUGUCAUCGAGGUGGUGCUUCCCAUGCUGUGUAACUACCUGUCCUACUGGUGGGAGAGGGGCCCCGAGAACCAGGCCCCUGGGGGCUGGUGCAGCACUGUCACCUCCGAGCAUCUCAGCCUAAUCCUGGGGAACAUCCUCAAGAUCCUCAACAGCAACCUGGGCAUCGACGAAGCCUCCUGGAUGAAGAGGAUCGCAGUGUACGUGCAGCCAAUCAUCAGCAAGGCCAGAGCCGACCUGCUGAAGAGCCACUUCCUGCCCACGCUGGACAAGCUGAGGAAGAAGACGGUGAAGGUGGUGUGUGAGGAGGAGCAGCUGAAGGCAGAGGGGAGGGGAGACACCCAGGAGGCAGAGCUGCUCAUCCUGGAUGAGUUUGCCGUGCUCUGCCGCGACCUGUAUGCCUUCUACCCCAUGCUCAUCCGAUAUGUGGACAACAACAGGUGUCGGUGGCUGAAGGAGCCGGAUUAUGACUCCAACGAGCUUUUCAGAAUGGUGGCAGAGAUCUUCAUACUCUGGUGCAAAUCACACAAUUUCAAAAGGGAAGAGCAGAACUUUGUGGUUCAGAAUGAAAUCAACAACCUGUCCUUCCUGACUGGGGACAACAAGAGCAAAAUGUCUAAGGCAGGGGGGCAGGACCAGGAGAGGAAACACAGGAAGCGCCGAGGGGAGUUCUACUCCGUCCAGACCUCGCUGAUCGUGGCGGCGCUGAAGAAGAUGCUGCCCAUCGGCCUCAACAUGUGCACCCCCGGAGACCAGGAGCUCAUCUCUUUGGCCAAGACCCGCUACGGCCUGAAAGACUCAGACGAGGAGGUCAAGGAGCACCUCCGACAGAACCUGCACCUGCAGGUGAAGUCAGGAGACCCUGCUGUGCGCUGGCAGCUGAACCUGUACCGCCAUGUGGUGGUGAAGAACGGAGGCCCUCCAGACCCAGAGAAGACUGUUGAGAGAGUCCAGAGCAUCUCCGCUGCGGUCUUCAACCUGGAGCAGGUGGAGCAGCCGUUGAGGUCUAAGAAGUGUGUGUGGCAGAAGCUGCUGUCCAAGCAGAGGAAACGAGCGGUGGUGGCCUGCUUCCGCAUGGCUCCUCUCUACAACCUGCCCAGGCACAAAAAUAAUAAUUACUUCCUCAUCGCCUACCAACGUUUAUGGCUGGAAAAAAUGUAUGAGAAGUCAGACUGUGACAGUCUGCUCUUCAUGCUGACGAAGACACAGCUUGAGGAAGAGGAGGAGGAAGAGGCAGACAAACAGCCAGACCCUCUUCAUCAGCUCAUCCUGCAUUUCAGUCACAACGCUCUCACGGAGUGCAGCUCGUUGGAGGAGGAUCCUCUGUAUAUUGCGUACGCAGACAUGAUGGCCAAGAGCUGUGCUGAAGACGAGGAGGAGGAAGAGGAGGAGGGGAAAGAGAAAACCUUUGAGGAGAAGGAGAUGGAGAAGCAGAAGACGUUGUACCAGCAGGCCAGACUCCAUGACAGAGGGGCUGCUCAGAUGGUGCUGCAAAUGAUCAGCGCCAGCAAAGGUCAACUUGGUCCCAUGGUGACCUUCUCCCUCCAGCUGGGCAUCUCCAUCCUGAACGGAGGCAACAUACUGGUGCAGCAGAAAAUGCUGGACUACCUGAAGGAAAAGCGAGAUGCUGGGUUUUUUAAGAGUUUAUCAGGACUGAUGCAGUCUUGCAGUGUCCUGGACCUGAACGCCUUUGAGCGUCAGAACAAGGCAGAGGGUCUGGGAAUGGUGACGGAGGAGGGAUCAGUCAACGUGAGUGAGCGGGGUUCCAAGGUCCUGCAGAACGAUGAGUUCACUAAGGACCUCUUCAGGUUCCUGCAGCUGCUCUGUGAGGGCCACAAUAACGACUUUCAAAACUUCCUGAGGACUCAGACAGGGAACACCACCACUGUCAAUAUUAUCAUCAGCACAGUGGACUACCUUCUCAGACUGCAGGAGUCCAUCAGUGACUUCUACUGGUACUACUCUGGGAAGGAUGUGAUGGAUGAAGCUGGUCAGAGGAACCUCUCCAGAGCCUUGGCUGUAGCCAAGCAGAUCUUCAACUCCCUCACCGAGUACAUCCAGGGUCCAUGCAUAGGGAACCAGCAGAGCCUGGCUCACAGCAGGCUGUGGGACGCAGUGGUGGGUUUCCUGCACGUGUUUGCCAACAUGCAGAUGAAGCUGUCACAGGACUCCAGCCAGAUCGAGUUACUGAAGGAGCUGCUGGACCUGCAGAAGGACAUGAUCGUGAUGAUGUUGUCGCUGCUGGAAGGAAACGUUGUCAACGGAACAAUCGGCAAGCAGAUGGUGGACACGCUGGUGGAAUCUUCUAACAACGUGGAGAUGAUCCUCAAGUUCUUCGACAUGUUCCUGAAGCUGAAGGACCUGACCACCUCCGACAGCUUCAAGGAGUACGACCCAGACAGCAAGGGGGUCAUCUCCAAGAAGGAGUUCCAGAAGUCCAUGGAGAACCAGAAGCAGUACUCCCAGUCAGAGAUCGAGUUCCUCCUCUCCUGCACUGAGGCGGACGAGAAUGACAUGUUUAACUACCCAGAGUUUGUGGAGCGUUUCCACGAGCCGGCCAAGGACAUCGGCUUUAACGUGGCCGUCCUGCUGACCAACCUGUCGGAGCACAUGCCUCACGACCCCCGCCUGGCCACCUUCUUGGACCUGGCGGAGAGCGUCCUCAGCUACUUUGAGCCCUACCUGGGCCGCAUCGAGAUCAUGGGUGGGGCCAAGCGCAUCGAGAGGGUCUACUUUGAGAUCAGCGAGUCCAGCCGGACCCAGUGGGAGAAGCCCCAGGUGAAGGAGUCCAAGAGGCAGUUCAUCUUCGACGUGGUGAACGAGGGCGGGGAGAGCGAGAAGAUGGAGCUAUUCGUCAACUUCUGCGAGGACACCAUCUUCGAGAUGCAGCUGGCCUCUCAGAUCUCGGAGCCGGACGCAGCGGAGCGCCCUGAGGAGGAGGAGGAGGACAGGCAGAGUGUGGGGGAGGAGGGCGAGGAAGAAGAGGAGAGCGCCCUGCUGGAGUCUUCCUCGGCCUUCACCGUGGCCUGUGCCUCCCUGAGGAAGAGUGUGUCCAGCCUGCGCCAGCUGCUCACCCUGAGGAGCAUGCGGCGGCAGUACCGUCGCUUCAGGAAGAUGAGCUUGAGGGAGAUGGUGCGAGGAUUCUUCUCCUUCUUCUGGGUGAUUCUCACGGGUCUCCUCCACCUCCUCCACAGCCUGGUCUGGGGGUUCUUCCACAUCCUGUGGACCACCAUGUUCGGGGGCGGGCUGGUGGAGGGCGCCAGGAACAUGAAGGUGACCGACAUCCUCGGAAACAUGCCCGACCCCACCCAGUUUGGUAUCCACGGCGACGUGCUGGAGGCGGAGAAGCUGGAGGCGAGUGAGCUGGCGGUGCUGGAGCAGAGGGGCCUGGCGCAGGGGGAGUGUGCGGAGGCGGAGCUGAUGGCGGAGCUGCUGGCCACGCAGGGCCGGAGGGAGGGGGGCAAGCAGGGGGCGGAGCCAGGCCUGGGGGACGUGGCCGAGGUGGUGGGGGUCGACGCCCCCUCCAUAGCUAGUGCCGUCAGGCAGAAGAAGGCUCAGGAGGCUGCGAGGAGUGGGAGUCCAGAGGGAGAGCCCAGAGCAGAGCCCGAGAAGGCAGACUCAGAGGACGGAGAGAAGAGGGACUCGGACAAGGCCAGGGAGGACGUCCAGGCGGAGCCCCCGGUGGAGGAGGAGAGGAAGCCUCCUAAGAAGAGGCCCAGCCACAAGAAGGGGAGCCCAGAGGCCUUCAUGACCAGCUUCUUCGCUGGGAUGGAGAUCUACCAGACCAAGAUGCUGAACUACCUAGCCCGCAACUUCUACAACCUUCGCUUCCUGGCGCUGUUUGUUGCUUUCGCCAUCAACUUCAUUCUGCUGUUCUACAAAGUGACAGGGGAUGAAUCUGAGGAGGACGACCCCUGGAGAGGAGAUGGGGGGCCGGAGGAAGGCUCAUCUGAGUACUUCGUCCUCCAGGAGAGUACUGGCUACAUGGCCCCCACCCUCUGCUUCCUGGCCAUCCUGCACACCAUCAUCUCGUUCCUGUGUGUGGUGGGAUACUAUUACCUGAAGGUGCCCCUGGUGGUGUUUAAGCGGGAGAAGGAGAUCGCCAGGAAACUGGAGUUUGACGGUCUCUACAUCACUGAGCAACCAUCAGAUGACGACAUCAAGGGCCAGUGGGACCGACUGGUCAUCAACACCCCUUCCUUCCCUAACAACUACUGGGACAAGUUUGUGAAACGCAAAGUGAUCAACAAGUACGGAGAUCUGUACGGAGCCGAGAGGAUCGCAGAGCUGCUGGGAUUGGACAAGAGUGCCCUGGACUUCAACCCCACCGAGGAGACGGUGCUGAAGGAGGCUUCACUGCUAUCCUGGCUCAGCUCUAUCGACACCAAGUACCAUAUCUGGAAGCUGGGCGUGGUGUUCACAGAUAAUUCUUUCCUGUACCUGGUGUGGUAUACGACCAUGUCCAUCCUGGGACACUACAACAACUUCUUCUUUGCUGCUCACCUGCUGGACAUCGCCAUGGGCUUCAAGACCCUGCGCACCAUCCUGUCCUCUGUGACGCACAACGGCAAACAGCUGGUCUUGACGGUGGGCCUGCUGGCGGUGGUGGUGUACCUCUACACUGUGGUCGCGUUCAACUUCUUCCGCAAGUUCUAUAACAAGAGUGAAGACGAGGCUGAGCCAGAUAUGAAGUGUGACGACAUGAUGACAUGCUACCUUUUCCACAUGUACGUGGGCGUGCGUGCCGGGGGGGGCAUCGGGGACGAGAUCGAGGACCCGGCGGGCGACCCGUACGAGCUGUACCGCAUCCUCUUCGACAUCACCUUCUUCUUCUUUGUCAUCGUCAUCCUGCUGGCCAUCAUCCAGGGUCUGAUCAUUGACGCGUUCGGAGAGCUGAGAGACCAACAGGAGCAAGUGAAGGAGGACAUGGAGACCAAAUGUUUCAUCUGUGGCAUUGGCAACGACUACUUUGACACGACGCCUCACGGCUUUGAGACACAUACCUUACAAGAGCACAACUUAGCCAACUACCUGUUUUUCCUGAUGUAUCUCAUCAACAAAGAUGAAACUGAGCACACUGGUCAGGAAUCAUACGUGUGGAAGAUGUACCAGGAGAGGUGCUGGGACUUCUUCCCCGCUGGAGACUGCUUCCGCAAGCAGUACGAAGACCAGCUGAACUAGAGGCCCGUCUGCCAGAGCUGCUUCACCUGGAGGAUCUCUCCUGGAGGAACAGCAGAUCUCAGACCUGCUGGAUCUUCUCAUGAGCAGUUGACAAGCAUCUCCCAUCGCCUGCCCGACGUCCUGAAAAGGUUGGAGGAGAGGGCAAAGGCUCUCAUCUUCUCUGAGAAAGAGAGAACCGUUUCACAUCAACGUCCCUGCAGACUGUACCAACGUCCCUGCGGACUGUACCAACGUCCCUGCGGACUGUACCAACGUCACUGCAGACUGUACCAAGAUCCCUGCAGACUGUACCAACGUCCCUGCGGACUGUACCAACGUCCCUGCGGACUGUACCAACGUCCCUGCGGACUGUACCAAGGUCCCUGCAGACUGUAUCAACGUCCCUGCAGACUGUACCAAAGUCCCUGCGGACUGUACCAACGUCCCUGCGGACUGUACCAACGUCCCUGCGGACUGUACCAAGAUCCCUGCAGACUGUACCAACGUCCCUGCAGACUGUACCAACGUCCCUGCAGACUGUACCAACGUCCCUGCAGACUGUACCAACGUCCCUGCAGACUGUACCCUCAGUAGAGGACGACCUGAGAACGGGACUAUUCUAACUUGCCCAGACAUUAGUUUGUUUUCUGUUCUGGAGUUUUUGUUGUUUUUGACAACUUGAUGCCUUUUCCUCCACGUAACCCCAAACCAUUGCACAAUUUUUUUGUCCUUUUGAGAAACAUUGGGUUGUGUGGGGUUAUGGGACAGUGAGUGGGUCGUAAUAUGCACAAGAAUACUACUUCAAUAUUUUAAGAAUGUUGAAAAAUGAGACUUAUGCCAAAAGAGAGGGUGAGUUGAUUUUACAGAGAGCAAAUGUGAUUUAAAAUAAGUUUUCAAAACAUUACCAUGCUAGCAGAAAUGAGGUGUUAAACUGAAUUACUUGAGCAGGUGAAAGAGGUUUAUUAUAUGAUGAAAUGCCUAAAUCAAGUAUUGACUAAGUGCCUUAUCAACGUUAAAAACCAAGCUAUGCAAAAACCAUUUAGGUUUUUUUCUUCAUGGUAUGUAAGUGCAGUAGUUAUCCUGAACCAGGCAGUGGUUCUAAAUACAGCAGUUUGUGUUUUUUGUUUCUCAUUUGAAAACAAUUAUGAAUUUCAAUUAAAAAAAAAGUUUAUUCAUUCAUUUUUUAUUUAUUUUGCUAAAAUGCAGCAUUCUAACUGCAAAUGUUCACGGUAUAAAACGUAUUAGGUGACACGUCAAAAUAUAUCACAUGUCCGAAUUUAUGGAACACCUCGAAACAGAUAGUAAAUUGCUAUGUAUGUAUGGCCCUUUGUAUGUAGUAGCUUUGCUGAACCGUGCAUUUAUUUUGAAGGAAAAAUAAAGUAGUGCAAUAAAUUAAUCCUAUUGCUGUG